CCGCAACAUUUAAGGACCGGUGUGGACAAGGCCAAGAGAUUUCAGUUCCCCGGCAACACCAACAUAAUGGAGACCUCGAAAGGAAAUGCGUGUUGUCGCAUCUCACUUUACAAAAAAUUUAUACCGUUCUUAUUUUAUUGAAAUUUCGUACGUCUUUGCCGCAGAACGAGAAAUUAUAAACACACGGAACCUUAGUUUUGCGUGUUUUUAAAAUCUCCAAACGUGACGUCAGUUAGCAACCAUAGAUACGUAGCAACGGCUUUAUUGGAGUACAACUCAUGAGCGCAACAACUGCGUACUAGGACCAGAUAAAAUGUUUAAAAACACAUUUCAAAGCGGGUUUUUGUCUAUCUUAUACAGCAUCGGUAGCAAGCCACUUCAAAUAUGGGACAAAAAGGUGAGGAAUGGUCACAUUAAAAAAAUAACAGACAACGACAUUCGCUCAAUGGUGGUGGAGGUCGAGGGAGCAAAUGUUUGUACCACCUAUAUAACAUGUCCUGCGGACCCCAAGACGACGUUGGGUAUCAGACUGCCUUUUUUAAUCAUGAUCAUUAAGAACCUAAAGAAGUAUUUCACAUUUGAAGUUCAGGUGUUAGAUGAUAAAAACGUUCGCCGGCGGUUUCGGGCAAGUAACUAUCAGAGUACAACACGAGUGAAGCCGUUCAUCUGCACCAUGCCUAUGAGACUCGAUGACGGCUGGAACCAGAUUCAGUUUAACCUGUCAGACUUCACCAGGAGGGCCUAUGGAACUAAUUAUACUGAGACGCUUCGUGUACAGAUUCAUGCAAACUGUCGUAUAAGGAGGGUGUAUUUCUCAGACAGACUGUACUCUGAGGAUGAGCUUCCAGCAGAGUUUAAACUCUACCUGCCUGUACAGAACCAGAAGCCCAAGUAAAAGUCUCUCUCAGCCUGUACCGUUCCCCCAGAUGUGAUGUGAAGUUAACUGGAAGAUUGUUGUGUGUGUGUGUGUGUAACGUAUGAUGAGUAUUAAACAUUGUAAUAUUGACCUUUGAGUUUUGUGAACCAUCUUGAGUUGCUCCUUGCACAUCAAAGUUUUUUAAGGAUUGAUUUGUGCUCACUGUUCAGUGAACAGCAGUGGUCAAAAGACAAUACAGGCUGAUAAAAAGACAGGUUUUCUGUAGAGAAGUGGUGACUACUGUCAACAGCUUGUGUAUGCUGCCAAAUACGCAGGAACUUUAGGAUAAACCACUCUGUUAAUGACGUGUUUCUAAAAAUACGAAGCAAGAUAUACCAGUGCAGUCUUUGGCUAUAAACUCUCUUUAUCAAACAGCACAAAUAUUUUCAUGUGAAAUGUUAUGAAAAUUGUUUGCAUUCCCAAAACAUAUAAUCUCACUUUGGAUUUCUUUACACAUUAUAAACUAAAACAGCAGUACAUUCAUUUGACAUGUUGCGUCUAAUAAUCACAAAAAUAACUCUUGCAAAAAAAAAAAAAAAAAUGAAAGCUACAUUUUCAACUCAAGAAUAGAUUACAUGCUAUAUGAAAAGCUGUGGUGGUGACGCUCCCCGUUCACUUUAACACAAUGGUCAGUGUUUCCAUCCAAUGACUGCAUUUUGUAUUCCAUUAAAAGAUGACCAUAUAGCAGCUCUUGACAUGUAGAUAUUCAGACUGUCAGUUUGGUAAACAUGAUGCGAUUCUUCAAGAAUAAUUGUCAGACAUCAACUCAGGUGUCUGUCACAAACACCACACACUAACUUCAUCAUAAAAUUCACAGCUUUUUGACAUGUUUGUUGAUGACUGUGUGCCUGACCAGUGGACAUCAGAAAGGUGCCGUUUGUUCAUUGAAAUACCAGCUAAGUGAUCAGAUAUAUGUCAAUAAAGCUGUUCAUAAAAAUAUAAUUUAGUAAUUGAGACAAAAAAAGUCACAGAUUUUAAAGGUUGAUUGAGGUUUAAAAUAUUCCAAAUAAAGUGGUACACAUCCUGCAAUAUAUUCCACAUGUCCCGUAUUUGGCAUCAAAACUAUUGCCACUACUCUUUACAGCAGGCACUUGUUAUUUUCAAUAAGGAGUGCUGUUUUAGUUUGACAACUAUUUUCCCUGAAAUGUGACCAGUAAGGAAAGAAUACAGGGCAAAUAUUUUAAAAAUAAAACAGGUUCCAAUUCAUUGUGUCGAGUUAACGCUCGCUGUGUGGAGGAAAACAGGCUGAAAAUAAAAUAGAACUUCCUUCUUACAAAUUGUUAUAUGGCAAGGCUCAGGUCGAACCGAUACACCUUUUUAGAAUUUAUAAUAAAUACUGUGAAACAUCUAACAUGAAUAGUUUAGAGGCUGAUUGAAUUUCCUAUGUUAUUACAGCAGCUUCUGUUUCACCUUUAAACAACAUGAACUUAGCCAGCAACAUAACUAAAUAUCACCAAGCAAAUUACAGAUGAUUCCAACAAAACAAGUUUCCUUCACAUGACUGAUAUAAACAUAAAGAAUACAUCCAGACCCAAAUCUAUGGCUUUAGUCAACAGCAUGCAUCUCUUUAAAGUGCAAAAGAACAUUCAUUGGUUCAAAUCUGUAAAUCAAAUACUGCUUUAAAUAACUGAUUGAAAACAUAUUGCAACAAAUAAUAAUUUCAAGAUGGCACGAUUUAACAGCAUACAGUUAUACCAACAAAGUAUAAAAUAAAGCAUUUGAUGACUCAAAUGAGGUGCGGACAAAAGACAACAAAGCCAAGGCAAAUAACACACAUGUGGCAUGUACUGUUACACUAAGAGCUUUCAGUGAUCGUAGAUGAGGCUCCUGUUUUUGGAGCAGGAUCCGUUCUUCCUUCAGACAUUUUAAGAUCCAUUUAACAUAACGUCUAUAAUUCUUGAAGCUGUAUUGCAUCAAAUAGAGAGGGAUUUCAGCUGCGUACCGGGCACGUAUAUAAAAUGUCAUUUCGAAAGGGCAUCUUAAAUGGACGACUGGAAUUUUUGAAACGUUCAGCUGAAACCCCAAACAAACCUUUGGAUGCAUGAAGAGAGUGGCUUCUCGGCCACGGACAUAGAAACAAGAUUUUCCUAUUGGCUCUGUGGAGGCAGGACUCUGUUCUAGCUUAUGCUCGCUCGGCAGUGAUUCACAUUUGUUGCACCAGGCGGCGUGUUUAUUUUUUAAA